AUGUGCUACCACAACUACUCACAGCACAAUGGGUGCGGUCAUAUUGGGGAGUCGCAUACGCACCCAUGGACGCUGUGCGACACAGCGAUAGAGACGCUUAACCGAAUUCGCGGGCCAAACUCCCCACCAGUCUCUCCGCCUGCAGUAAACUUCGCAUCACCACCCAAGCGCAGCUCGUCUACACGACGUUUUUUCUCGCUGAGUGGCCAGCUUUCCCGAUCAUCUACAAAUGCAUCAAUAAAUUCGCGACGCGCUGUUUCUGGCCCUUCAGGCGCAACCACGCCCAGAACCUCAGACUCAAGCGCAGGGUCCUACAACUGUACCACGACUCUGGACUACAGCACCCUACCAGAUCACCAGCUCGCGGCCGUGAGAUGUGAAGUCCCAGUCAAGCGCACCCAUGUCAGUAGGGAAAUGGUCGUCUGCAAAGAUUGCGCACGCGAGAUCGGCCAUAUGCGCAACAUGAUCCGGACUUAUGAUAAAACCGGUAGCAUACGUGGCACCAUCGCGUUUGAAAAGUUCCUUAAGUGGGAAGGAGAGGGCGGAGGUGAAAGAGAGGGCGAUCUGACGGUACCGUUGAAUGAUGGUGAUGAUGGAGGGGUGUUUGGGGCGAGGCAGGCCAUCAUUCUGGGUCAUCCAGAAAGCUCGUUGAAUGCCGAGGGGCCGCGUGGCCUGGGAACUUUGGAACGCGAAGGCGGUACUGGGUAUUACUAUUAA